AUGUCAACCCCCCACCUCCUCGACCUCCCCACCGAAAUCCUAAACCACAUACUCACCCCCCUACCCACACGCUCCCUACUCUCUUUCUUAGAAACCUCCCGUCACGCCCGCAUCCUCGCAAACGCCAAUCUGCACACCCUCUCUUUGGGAAUCGCGCCUCUUGCUCCCGCUUUCUUCAAGUACCUCGACCCGUCCAUCACCAGUACCAAUAACAACACAUCCGACCCCUACGAAAUCUGGCUGCGCAUCCCCCAGGCAAAAACCUACGAGUAUUUGACGUUGCACACCUUCCAAAGCUUGCUCGUAACAAGCAUACUAAACCGCCACGGCACGAUGCUGCAGCACCUCAACAUCAGCAUCUGGUCCCUAACCCUCCCCAUGGCAAAAGCGCUAACCACGCUCCGCGCCCUCCUUACCUUCAGCCUUAGAAUCGAAAGCGGCGCCAGGUACGUCCGUGGUAUCCCGCGGUCGCGUAUCGCUGUCGAACGGGAAGAGCAGGGUAAGGCUUGGGAUGUGCUUGCUGAGAGUGCGGGGGCGUGGAGUCGGCGAGUCGUCAGUUUGAAACUGGAAAAUUGUGAUGUUAGGGCUGAGCAGUUGGCUGUGCUGUUGGGAGAGAUGAGGGGGUGUGAGGAGCUGGGGUUGAGGAGGGGGAGGUAUUUGGGGAGGGAGAUGUGGGCGGCUCUGGGAGAGUGGGAGGGCAGGGGGAGGUUGAGGGUGUUGGAGGUGGCGGAGUGUGGGGAGUUGCUUGGGGAUGAGGCGAGGGAGGUUGUGGGGGGGUUGGAUGGGUUGGAGUCUCUCAACCUCUACGACUGUCAAGAACAACGAUCUGGAGAGUUUGAGCGGCUUAACGCGGAAACGUGGCAUAUCAAAGACUUCACAGCACCGAGACCGGGUGGUUACGGCGAGAACAUGAUCAUCGAGGUGGAUCCGGACUAUAUCUUCUGA